AUUUUGAUGAGGAGGCACUUUCCAUCGACAAACCACUGGACAGGUACAGGGCAGAGCCCAGUGCCAGCAUUGACUCCACUACAGUGGUGGUCUGCACACAGCGGUGCCCACAGCUGGCCCAGCUUGCACAAAAGUACCUGGCCACACCUGCCACAACAGUUCCCUGUGAGAGACUCUUUUCUUUGGCAGAGCACAUUGUACAGAAGAAGUCAGCUCUGUGGUCUGAAAAUGUCAACAAGCCGGGCUACUUGUUCAUCUCAGUGUUGGUCAACAGCAACAGUGAGCUGAUUCGCCUGAUCAACAAUGCCAUCAAGAACGAUUUGUCCAGCCGUAACCCCACCUUCAUGUGCCUGGCCCUGCACUGCAUUGCUAACGUAGGCAGCCGUGAGAUGGCUGAGGCCUUCGCUAGUGAGAUUCCCCGGAUCCUGGUUGCUGGUGACACAAUGGACAGCGUGAAGCAGUCAGCCGCCCUGUGUCUGCUGCGCCUCUAUAAGACCUCUCCUGACCUGGUGCUGAUGGGGGAGUGGACGUCCCGGGUGGUGCACCUCCUCAAUGACCAACAUAUGGGUGUGGUGACAGCAGCCAUCUCUCUCAUCACCUGUCUGAGCCAGAAGAACCCCGAUGAGUUCAAGACCUGUGUCUCCCUGGCCGUGUCUCGACUCAGCAGGAUUGUAUCUUCUGCCUCCACUGACCUUCAAGAUUACACCUACUACUUUGUCCCGGCACCCUGGCUUUCCUGUAAGUUGCUGCGUCUUCUGCAGUGCUACCCACCGCCAGAGGAUGGCGCUGUCAAAGGCCGUUUGGUGGAAUGUCUGGAGACCAUCCUCAAUAAGGCCCAAGAACCACCCAAGUCAAAGAAAGUGCAGCACUCGAAUGCCAAGAAUGCCAUCUUGUUUGAGGCCAUCUCGCUCAUCAUCCACUAUGACAGUGAGCCCAAUCUGCUGGUGCGAGCCUGUAACCAGCUGGGUCAGUUUCUGCAGCACAGAGAGACCAACCUGCGCUACCUGGCUCUGGAGAGCAUGUGCACGCUGGCCAGCUCCGAGUUUUCCCACGAAGCCGUCAAGACGCACAUCGAGACAGUCAUCAAUGCUCUCAAGACUGAGAGAGACGUGAGCGUUCGACAGAGAGCCGCCGAUCUUCUCUAUGCCAUGUGUGACCGCAGCAAUGCCAAGCAGAUCGUCGCCGAGAUGCUGAGCUACCUGGAGACUGCAGACUACUCCAUCAGGGAGGAGAUGGUGUUGAAAGUGGCCAUCCUGGCAGAGAAGUACGCUGUGGAUUAUUCCUGGUACGUCGACACCAUUCUCAAUCUCAUCCGCAUUGCUGGCGACUAUGUCAGUGAAGAGGUGUGGUACCGCGUCAUUCAGAUUGUCAUCAACCGUGAUGAUGUGCAAGGCUACGCCGCCAAGACAGUUUUUGAGGCUUUGCAAGCGCCGGCCUGCCACGAGAACAUGGUGAAGGUUGGAGGCUACAUUCUGGGAGAGUUCGGGAACCUGAUUGCCGGUGAUCCUCGCUCCAGCCCGCUGGUCCAGUUCAACCUUCUCCAUUCGAAGUUCCACCUGUGCUCGGUGCCGACCCGCGCUCUGCUGCUGUCCGCCUACAUCAAGUUCAUCAACCUGUUCCCAGAGACCAAGGUCACCAUCCAGGAGGUGCUGCGCUGCGACAGCCAAAUCCGCAACUCGGACGUGGAGCUGCAGCAGCGUGCUGUUGAGUACCUCAAGCUGUCCUCCAUCGCCAGCACGGACGUCCUGGCCACCGUUCUUGAGGAGAUGCCUCCCUUCCCAGAGAGGGAGUCGUCCAUCCUGGCAAAGCUGAAGAAGAAAAAGGGUCCAGGUGCAGUUUCUGUCACAGAGCUGGAAGAUGGCAAAAGGGAAGGCGGGGAGUUGAAUGGCGGGGGUGACCGGGGACCGGACUCGGCCGUCAUGGCUGCCUCAAAUGCUUCCACCCCUUCACCGUCAGCCGACCUUCUGGGGAUUCGCACCGCGGCGCCUGUUGGUGCACCUCCAGCCAGCACGGGCAGUUUAUUAGUGGACGUGUUCUCUGACGCAGGACCUGCUGCACUUUCUGCUGCUGUGAACAGCGACGGCUUCCUCAGGUAAACAUCCACACAGAUCCACAUGUU